CAAAGAAUUAUGAAAUAUCCAUAUGAAUUCCAACAAUAAGAAGUACCUCUAUUGGAAUUGACAUUAUCAAUUCUGAUGUUAGGUAGUUUUAUGAACGAUUUAUUACUAAUAUUGAUUUAUAAUGUGGAGAUAGAUUUGACAGAGAAAUCAUAGAUGAUCUUUUCAACAGCAUUCAUAAUUCUUUUUAUGAUAAAAUGUCAGAAAAUGAGACUCACAAUAUAUCUAUUGAUACCUGGAUACAUUACAUUGAUAAUAUCAAAAUAUUGUUGUCACUCAUCAUACAUAUUAGUUUUUUUAUGUCUGGUGUUUUAGAUUGGAUAUGUUGGUUUAGUAAUGUUAAUGCCAUAAUAUAAAUAUCCAAAAGUAACAGGAAAGUAUUUGGUUGGAUUUAAGGAAGUAAAAUUAAAUAAUGGAGAUUUGGUUUCAAUAUAUUAUCCAACUCUUUAGAAAUCUAAAAUUAGAUAAAUAAAUUCUUGUAGAAAUAGAGAUUAUAUAAAACAAGUAUAUAAUGACUUUUAACAUGUAAUGCAUCGAAGACCUCCAAUAAUGUUUAUUUAUUGGAUGUUGGGUUUUCUUAAUAAAGUAAAAGUAGAGGAUAUAGAAGUUGAUUCUCCAAUGAUUGAAGGUAAAUUACCAACUAUUGUAUUUUCAAAUGGUCUAGGAGGUUUAAAAGAUCAUUAUUCUAUAUUUUAUAAAGAAUGGGCAAGCAAUGGUUAUGUUGUAUAUUCAAUAUAAUAAGAAGAAGUAACAAUAAUUUUAAAUGAAUAAGAGAUUCAUUAAUAUAAAAUAGGAGAAGCUACAUUAGAAAAUGCAUUAGGAUAAUAAAUCUUAAAUAAAGUAAAGAUGAUUAGACAUUAAUAAUUGAAUGAUAGAGUCAAUAAAUUUCAAUAGUUAUUGGAUUAUGUAUACUAAUAAAAGAAUGUUGAUUUUAAUAAAAUAAUUGGAGCAGGUCAUUCUUUUGGUGCUGCAACAGUACAUCGUAUGGCAUAAAUAGAUUAAAGAAUUACUGCAGGUAUUAUAUUAUUUGAUCCAUGGUUUCUACCAUUCAAAGAAGACACUUUAAACAUUAAACUAUCAGUACCUUUAUUAAGUGUCAAUAGUGAAACAUUUAGAUUAAGAAAAGAAAAUGAAACUCCACAAAGAUACAGUAUUGUUUUUAAUGCUUAAUCAAAAAAAUUAGUAAUUAUGAUUAAAGGCUCAUAACAUCUAUGUACAACUGAUCUAGUCUAUAAGAUGCCCUUUGAAUUGAAGAUGUUUACCAAAUUAAACAAUCUUAAUAAAAUUUUAUAAAUCACCAUCGCUCAUUUAAGAUUAUCUUAAUAUUUUAUCGAUUCAUUAUCGCCUCAAAAGACUCUAGCCUAAUAUGAGGAAUUUAGUAAGUAAUCUUUCAGGCACCCAAUACAUGAAAUUGAAUAUAAAUGA